CUCAAAAGGUUGGAAACCCUGCAUGUGACCUAACCUAACCUCCGUCCUGUCACAGAUCGGUGUAAAUAAAGAUCUAUGAAAUAUUUAGUUUGCACCAAUUUUGAUACGUGUAUUAACCGAUUUAAUGGUGUAAAAAGAUUCAUGGAACGCACAACGAUUAUGCAGGAUUAUGCGCGAUGAAUGAUGGCGCGAUUAAGGUGAAUUGUGAGAAGCAUGGGAUCACAAAUCUCUUUUCCCACGAUGAACAACUGCUUCAGAAGCGUGCUGAGGAGGCUGCGAAGAAAUCGCGCCUCGGAAAAGACCAUUGUUCUGCUUAUUAUGGGAUUGGAUAAUUCUGGAAAGUCUACGAUACUAAAUCAUAUUAGUGGCGAUCCAGAUCACAAUGUAUUGCCCACAAUGGGAUUCCGAAUGGUAUCCUUAAAGCAUAAGUCAUAUUCUGUAAAAAUAUAUGAUCUCGGAGGUAGCUCCCAAAUUAGAGCAUUAUGGCCUAAAUAUUACAAUGAUAUACAUGGUCUUAUAUAUGUGGUGGACGCCAGUGAUAUUUCCCGUCUUGCAGAAAAUAAAGUCGUAUUUAAUGAAUUAAUCACACACGAGCAUAUUUCGACGAAACCAAUAUUGUUACUCGCCAACAAACAAGACCUGAAUGGAGCUAUCGAUGAGUUGGAUGUAGUUGAAAACCUUGAUGUAGAGCAUGCGGCCAAUGCUAUGAGAUGUCCAACAAGAGUGGAAACAUGUUCGUGCAUUUAUAGCAAAGAGCAAUCCAAGAGUAAUACUAUGGGUAUAAAGGAUGGGUAUAAAUGGUUGUUGGAUAUCAUAGUGAAGAAUUACGCUGUUCUGAACAGUAGAGUCAAACAGUCGCAAAACUGUCAAUAUAAAAACAUUCAACGGGCACAAUCUAUCGCGUCAAAUACACCAUCGAAAAUAUCUAUACACUCUAAUCCAUUCAAACCUAUUAAAGAUCUCUUGGCAGCAAAGGAUGAAGUUUUAAUAAGUGAAUCAUGCAAUGGUACCAAUGAAGGAAGAAGCAUUAUAAAAGUUUUUGCACGAAGAAAUAAGACUGCCCCUCUUCCAGUUGAACAAUCAACUACUGAAUACAAAAGUCUUUCACGAAAUCUUACACCCAAUGUAGAAAUUCUUGCUGGAGAGAAAAGUACACAAACUAUAAGUAUGGCUACAAUAUUAGAUCCGUUGAAUUUAAGUAUCGAUCAUAAUGAAAGUUAUGCAAGUACAAAACUAAUCCGUCCGUAUACAGCGCCAGAAAGAUCACAACGAUUAUCAAAUGAUAUAACGAUAAUUAACAUUCCUGGUCAGGUGCUUCAAUAGUAGCAUCUGUAAAUUUUGUACUUAUUAAUAGCGUUUUCUCUUGGGAUAUUAUACUGGAUACUAUUACACUGGAUGCAUACCAUGAUGUACACUACUUCAUUAUUGUACUAAAAUCCUGCUCCCGGUUGGCUUCCAUUUUCAAAUUUUAAAUGUCACUGACUCUACACUAUCUCUUUGAAAUGCAAAAUCCGACUUCGUGCAUAAAAUUUGCACUAUACCGUAGUGAUGAAAACACGGUACUCCGAAUGAGCUUAUCACCAGCCAUAGAAACACGGUACACUAUCUGAGUGUUGCACUGAUGGGCGAUAAUACAGCCAAGAGAAAACGCUAUAAGUUAAAGAAGUUACACACACACACACAUAUAUAUAUAUAUAUAUAUAUAUAUAUAAAU